AUGAACAAUACUCGUACCGACCAUUGGAUGUUCGCCGGAUUGACAUUUUACGUUCAGCCCAUAUGCAAUCCCAUAAAGAAAUCUAGCUUAACUACAGCUCAGUAUGAACAUGUGGUAGAAUCGAUCCGAAGGAAUGGAGGAACGAUCGUACCUUCCCCGACGUACUCUUGCUUGACCCAUAUCAUCCUUACUCAUACCUCGUAUGAUAGGGAUGCGAUAUUUGACGUUGGAAGGACCAGGAAUGAUAUACAUACGAUAAAAUGGUUAGACGAUAAUGGUUGGGCAACAUUUAGAUUACUUGAGAAUUUCGGUGAGAUCAUCAAUUCUCCCCAUCGCCACACCGACCUCAAUUCAUCUUUCGGACAUGAAUACGCACACGGACAUGAAAUGUUGGGAGGACAUAGGAAAAUGGUGGUAGUGGUGGUAAAGAAAGAUUGGGUCUAUGAUUGUAUUAGGUUAGGAAGGGUGUUGGGCGAAGAGCAAAAUUGGUUUGGAUGGAAAGUCAAAGGUAGAUAUCCAGACGAUGUUACCGGUAUCGAAAGUGCUUUACCUUAUUCAAGACCUACGCCUAUCGCCAAUAAUAAACCAUCUUCAAUCUCCAAUAUCUCCGACUCCCCUAUCGUAUCCACCAAUUUCGAUCCACCGGAAUACAACAACCGACCCGUCAAGCUCAAAACUAGAUAUUAUCCUCUUCAUCCGAUCAAGAUCAACCCAUCGAUACGGCUUCCUUCUAUGACUUGGUCUACUAGGGUACCGGCUCCGCCCAAUGGUCAAUUCCAAACACAUUAUCUCGAAUUGACACCGGAGCAACUCAAAUCGAAGAUAUAUCUCAUAGGAUAUUUACCUCCUGAUCCUAGGUUCUCUCGAUCAUACGGCGAGAGAAAAGAAGCACACUGGUACGAUGAGUCUUUCAAGGUGGAUGGGCAAAGACAUAGAGCCGCACUACUCGAUUAUCAUGGGUCACAGAGGAUCUAUGAGGAAGCGAGGAGUACGAGGGGUGUUUCGUUUUAUGCAAAUUAUGGCCUCAGAAGCGAGAAGAUGGGUGUUAUCAUCAAGGAUCCCAGAAAGACAAUAAGUAGCUGUCAAAGUGUUAAUUCGAAGACUCAAGGGCUGGCAGCUCAGAAUCUGAAUAAUCCUCUUCCUAAAUUAGCCAUCUCUUAUGCUGGCAAUGAGAAUAAAGGACUAAACAUUUUCCCUCUGCCAGAUCCCAAGAGUGACUUUUCUCGUCUUCCUGUAAAAAUGGUCUACCCGGAUCAGACGUUUGAUGAUAGCGAUCUCGAUUGUCUCGAUUCGGACUGGGAAGAAGCCGAUGACAGUACCGAUCCUGUCAAAGAUACGAUUGGAGUAGUCAGUAAAAGGAAAUUACCAAUUCAUGAGAUGACUUUCAAGAAGAAGACGAAGAUUGACAAAGUUACCCAUGCGCAGAUUCCAGAACGGUUGAAUCUACAAUAUCAGAACAAGGACAGCAUUAAUCUACCACCUACACCCAUUUCAGCUUUCCCUAAACUUCUAGCAGAUAGUCAAGCAUUUCCCAUCAAUUCCUCUGAAGAACACGAACGAAGACCGUCUCUUUCACCUGAUCUGCACUCUAAUUCCAUCGAUAAGAAGGACAAGCCAUCUACGGCUCAAAUUUGCCAGAUCCUGGCCAGAGAGAUAUACAAUCAUCCUGACGAAGCAUUCGUUUCGAUAAGUAAGAAGUUGGAAAUGCGAUAUCAAGGUAGGAAGUGGAAAACCUGGUAUAGAAACACGAGUAGAUAUAGGAACGUGAUUGAGAAGAUGAUAAAGAGGCUGGACGAGAAGGAGAGACGAAAUGAGUUGUCUGAAUUUAAAAUCCAGGUGAACGCUCAAGAACAUUGA